AUGUCAAAGAUCUAAAUGUCUCAUGUCAAUGUCAAAUUUUAAUAACAAUGUGAUUGAGUUUGUACACCAAGAAGUUUUCUCGUUUUUUUAAUAAAAAGUCAAGGUCCUGUUAAGACAGUAAAUGUCGUAAUGGCGCAUAUAUCAUAUCCAUUUAAAAGAAUAAACAAAGCUGUAUACCAAAAGCCGGCAUCAGUUUUAACAGAAGAUGCAAUCUACUGGAAGAAACUGGGGUUGCCUGUUUUAGUAAAAGAAUUUGGAGCUAUAGAUUACAUAGAUUUUUGCCCAGUGGAACCAUAUUACUUUGCAGCAACCUGCUCCGUUAGAAUACAGAUAUAUGAUCCAAUUACUAAAGUUGUAACUAAAAAUAUUUCCAAGUUUGCAAAAGCCGCUUAUGGUGGUAGUUUUAGAAGGGAUGGAAGACUUCUAGUUGCUGGUAGUGAAGAAUCAGCUGUGAAGUUAUUCGAUGUACAGUCUAAGAAUGUUCUAAGAGUAUUUAAUGGCCAUACUGGACCUGUACAUAGAACAUUUUUCUCAAGAGAUCAAGUUAAAGUUCUUAGUUUCUCUGAUGACAAAUCCGUUUGCAUGUGGGACAUUGCUACUGAAGAGAAGAUAGCGAGCUUUUCUGAACAUACAGAUUAUAUUAGAACUGGUGCCCCAAGUCCAAUUUCACCUGAUAUAAUCCUAUCUGGUAGCUAUGAUCAUACUGUAAAGCUAUAUGAUUGUAGAUCCAAUGAAACAAUUUUAACUGUUAACCACGGCUGCCCAGUUGAGUCAACCCUAUUUCUUCCAUCUGGAGGAAUAUUUAUUAGUGCAGGAGGUACUGACAUUAAGGUAUGGGACAUAUUCAAUGGUGGAAAAUUAUUGGCAAAUAUUUCUCAACACCACAAGACUAUAACAACAUUAAAAUUAGCCAGUAACAAUAGCAGACUUAUGUCUGCAUCUCUAGAUAGACAUGUAAAGAUAUAUGAUUUAACAACAUUUAAAGUAGUACAUAAUAUUGAUUUCCCUAAUGCAGUGCUUAGCAUGUCUAUAUCAGAAAAUGAUGAUGUUUUAGCAGUUGGUAUGAUUGAUGGAGUCAUUUCUAUAAGAAAAAGAGUACAGCCAGCUUCUCUAUCAGAAGAGAAAAAAGGCUUAUUUAAAUUUGCACCAGAUCAUGUUGAAACAGCAACAGUGGAUAUGGUAGUAACUAAACAGAAACCUAUUAAAGGACCAGAUUUUGAAAAGUUUUUAAGGAAAAUGGAUUUUACCAAAGCUCUGUCAGCUGUACUUAAACCAUAUGUAGCAGUUAAAUUUCCAGAGAAAACAAUUGCUUUAAUACAAGAAAUGCUUAGAAGGAAAGUUUUGCACAUAGCUAUAAGUGGAUUGCUUGAAAAAGAUAUAGGCAUGCUAUUAAAAUUCUUAAGGAGAAACCUUGGUGAAACAAGGUUUACAAGGAUUAUUAUAGAUGCAGCAAAUGUUUUUAUUGAUGUUUUUGAAGAUAAAAUAAAAUUGUUCUCUGAGCAAAACUUGUGCCUUUACACAUCAUUGCAAGAAGACAUAAAAGAAGAAAUUGAUGUUUGCAAAAGAGUUAGUGAAUUAGAAGGUGCAAUAGGACUGCUAUUUUCGGGUGCUCAAGUUUCUACACAUUUAGACACUUUGGAAAUAAAUGAUAAUUUAUUACCAUCAUCAAAGGCACUAAAAGAUAUUGUUAUUGAUGUGUAAAUAAAAAAUAAGAUACA